AUGCUUCUGGACCUCGAGCACGCAGCCGAGAGCUACCGUGUGAAGGAAGGCGUUUAUGGGGAUGGUGUUUUCCAGUGGGGGCCAGACAAGGGGUCUGAAAUGUCUUGUUUCUAUGGGAGACCAUGGUCUAUGGAACAGAGGAAACUUCUCUUUCAAUGGCUGAAGCGCUGGGGGCUGAACUGCUACAUGUACGCGCCCAAGGACGAGCUGAAGCACCGACUGCUCUGGCGGGAGCCCUACACGGAGCACGAGGCAGCCCUCAUGCGGUCUCUCAUCGAAGCUGCCGAAGAGCAGGGUGUGCAGUUUGUUUUCGCCAUUUCUGCUGGCCAGGACAUGGUGUUCUCAAGUGCCGGGGAUCGGCUUCUGCUGCAGCAAAAGCUCAGGCAGGUGGACGCCAUGGGGUGCCAUUCCUUCGCGCUGCUCUUUGACGACAUCGACCCCUGCAUGUGCCAAGCUGACAGAGACGUCUUCCCCUCCCUGGCACAGGCUCAGGCCUCUGUGGCCAACGAGGUGUACCAGGAGCUGGGCCAACCCUCUGUCUUCCUCUUCUGCCCCACAGAGUACUGCAGCGCCCUGUGCUCCCCCAGCCCCAGCCAGUCCUGCUACCUGCGGACCCUCGGCCGGGAGCUGCUCCCGGGGAUUGGCGUCAUCUGGACGGGCCCAAAGGUGGUGUCACAGGAGCUCUCGGCCGCACUGCUGGAGGAGGUGGAGGGUGUCCUGCAGCGCCACCCCGUCAUCUGGGACAACCUGUACGCCAAUGACUAUGACUGCAGACGUGUCUUCCUGGGCCCCUACACGGGACGUGCCGCGGGCCUCGUGCCCAGGCUCCACGGGCUGCUCCUCAACCCCAACUGUGAGCUCCAGGCCAACUUCAUCCCCAUACACACGCUGGGCAGCUGGCUUCGGAGCGAGCUGGAGAGCUGUGCCCACCCUGAUCACGCAGGCGGAAGGACCCCGGGAAACGCCAGCAUCAGCCUCAAGGGUGGAACAAGGCUGCAGCCUGGCACAGCAGGACAGGAGGUCGCGCCCGACCCCCAGCCUCAUGACUCUGCUCCCAGUGGGGCAGACCAGCACGGCCCUGAGGAGCCUUCCUUCCCAGGGGAGGGAAGGAGGAAGGUGACCUCAGAGCCUGAGAAAGGCAGUGGGACCAGGACCCCCGCUGGCAGUCAACAGAGCCCCACAGGGAAUGGGGACCAGCUCACCACAGGGAGCAGAGUGAGCUGUGAGCCCUCCUCUGCUCUGCCCAGCAUGGCUGGGAGUGCCCAGCCCGCAGGAACCCUCCACAGCCCUGGCCCCCCAGCACCGCUCAGUGAUGGGGCCAGUGCCAGCCCUGGCCCCCCAGCACUGCUCAAUGAUGGGGCCGGUGCCAGCCCUGGUCCCCCAGCACCACUCAGUGAUGGGGCUGGGGCCAGCACUGGCCCGAUGGCACCAUUGACCCCAGAGGAGGCUGGGUCCAGUACCAUGGCCCCACUGGCCCUGGAAGAGGCUGGGUCUGGCCCCACAGUCACACUGACCCCCAAAGAGGCCAGGACCAGUCCCAUAGCACUGAUGACCCCAGCGGAGGCUGGGAGCAGCCCCACAGUACUGGUGACCCCAGAGGAGGCCAGGCCCAGCCCCACAGCACCGGUGACCCCAGAGGAGGCCAAGUCCAGCCCCACAGCACCGGUGACCCCAGAGGAGGCCAGGUCCAGCCCCACGGCACCAGUGACCCCAGAGGAGGCCAGGUCCAGCCCCAUGGCACCAGUGACCCCAGAGGAGGCCAGCUCCAGCCCCACGGCACCGCUGACUCUGGGGGAGGUGCGGAUGCUGGUGGAGCUCUUCUACCUGCCCUACCACCAUGGGCCACUGGCGCAGCAUCUCCUGGAGCACUUUCGGUGGCUCCAGGCACACAGCCUCAGCGUGGGAGUCCCGGCCAUGGCACCCGAUGAGGGUACACAGUGGCGCAGCCGAGCCCAGUCCUUCCGGCUGCUCUGUGCUCAGACGUGCCGCCUGCACAGCCGCUUCGUCAGCAGUGCGGGUCGGGCGCUGUUCUACGACCUCCACCCCUACCUCUGGGACAUCCGCAACAUGCUGCUGGCCGCCAGUGCCUUUGUCCUCUGGCUGGAUGGCCACCUCCUCCGUGACCCUGAGCCCAAGGGCACCUGGGGAAGCUGCUUUGGCUGGUGCCAGAGCAUCACUGCCCCCAUCCUGCCAGGGGGGGACGCCGAGCCCUGGGCACGUCGCGGGGGCCUCUUUGGAGAGCUGCAGCCCAAGGAGACGCUAAUGCUGCAGACCUGGCCACCAUGGGCGCAGCCACCCGCCCCAGCGCAGCACAGAACCCGGCGAUGCACAGUGCAGCGCUUGGGAGUAGCAGAGGAGCUGCAAGCCUGCAGAGCCAGCGCUGAGGACCCAAAAGUCACGGAGACCCUCGCGGCCCACCCCGAUCUCCUCGGUGACAGCGUGCUGGACGUGGGGGCCAGCCGCAGCCUGGCUAUCUGCCUGCUGAGCGCACUCAGGGCCAACGGUGAGCACGACCUCCCUGCGCUGGGGCGGCCGAGGUCCCCUUGGUCCAGCNNNCUGGGCUUUGUCGCCCUGCCGGUGGCCUGGGGCAGCUCCGCCGGCGCUCAGCUCCUGGGACGUCUCCUCUGA